AUGGAGGCAGAUUGUUGUCAAUUCGUUCAGAGGUGCCUAAAGUGCCAGAUGCACGGUGAUCUCAUUCACAUGCCACCUUCGGAGUUGCAUGCACUCACAUCCCCUUGGCCAUUUUUAGUGCGAGGUAUUGAUGUUAUUGGAAAGAUCUCGCCCAAGUCUUCCAGCGGGCAUGAGUACAUCUUAGUUGCCAUUGAUUAUUUCACCAAGUGGGUGGAAGCUGCUUCUUAUGCUAGAUUGACAGUGGCCAGGGUGGCCAAAUUCAUCAGGUCGUAUAUUAUCUGCCGAUAUGGGGUCCCCCACGAGCUGAUUUAUGACAAAGGGGUGCAUUUCAGGGGCGAGGUGGAUACAUUGAUUAAGGGGUAUGACAUUCAGCAUCACAGAUCAAACCCAGUUGCCAAUUUCACCAUAAAUCAAUCCAAAACCAUAAUUGGGGUAUUCUCGAAAAGUUAUGUGAGAAAUAAGGGAACUGUGAGACUUCUUUUCCAGCUUGUUGAGGAGGGUGAUUUGGACACUUGUGAAAUGAUCAAGAUAGGUGCUCUUGGUGAUGCUAAAGUGAAAGACUCACAAGAAGCAACUGUGGAUGACCCUCCAAAGCUUGUUUUGAAGCCGCUUCCUGUUGAUUUGAAAUAUGCAUAUUUGGAGGAAACUGAGAAAUGUCCAGUGGUGGUUUCUUCAACUCUUACUAGUGAUCAAGAGGAUAAUCUUUUGGGAGUCCUCAGGAAAUGCAAGAAAGCCAUUGGAUGGCAAAUUUCUGAUCUGAAAGGGAUUAGCCCUUUGGUGUGCACCCACCAUAUUUAUAUGGAGGAUGAUGCAAAACCAGUGAGGCAGCCCCAGAGGAGGUUGAAUCCUCACAUGCAAGAGGUGAAAUCUGGAAUCACUGUGGUCCAGAAUGAGAAAGGGGAGGAAGUCUCUACACGCCCUACCUCAGGAUGGAGGGUGUGUAUAGACUACAGGAGGUUGAAUUCAGUGACUAGGAAGGACCAUUUCCCAUUGCCUUUCAUGGACCAAGUCCUUGAGAGAGUCUCAGGACAUCCUUUCUACUGUUUUCGGGAUGGGUACUCGGGGUACUUCCAAAUAGAGAUUGAUUUGGACGAUCAAGAAAAGACAACCUUCACUUGCCCCUUUGGUACUUUUGCGUAUAGGAGAAUGCCCUUUGGUCUAUGCAAUGCUCCUGCAACUUUCCAAAGAUGUAUGCUGAGCAUCUUCAGUGAUAUGGUGGAGCGCAUCAUGGAAGUCUUCAUGGAUGACAUCAAUGUUUAUGGAAGUUCUUAUGAGGAGUGUUUGUUGCAUUUAGAAGCUGUUCUCCAAAGAUGUAUUGAGAAAGACCUAGUGCUAAAUUGGGAGAAGUGUCAUUUUAUGGUACAACAAGGAAUUGUCUUAGGACAUAUCAUCUCCAAGAAGGUCAUUGAGGUAGAUAAGGCUAAGGUGGAGCUUAUUGUUAAGUUGCCACCUCCCACAAAUGUUAAGGGAAUUAGGCAAUUCCUUGGACAUGCCGGGUUCUAUAGGAGGUUCAUUAAGGAUUUCUCAAAAAUCUCAAAGCCUCUUUGUGAACUCUUGGUAAAAGAUGCCAAGUUUGUGUGGGAUGAGAAGUGUCAGAAGAGUUUUGAGGAACUGAAGCAAUUCCUCACAACUGCACCAAUAGUGAGAGGCCCAAAUUGGAAGUUACCUUUUGAGGUAAUGUGUGAUGCAAGUGACCUUGCUAUGGGGGCUGUCUUAGGGCAAAGAGAAGAUGGAAAGCCCUAUGUAAUUUAUUAUGCUAGCAAAACUUUGAACGAGGCUCAAAGGAACUACACAACUACUGAGAAGGAGUUGUUGGCAGUAGUUUUUGCCUUGGAUAAGUUUCGUGCUUAUUUGGUAGGGUCCUCUAUAGUGGUGUUCACUGACCAUUCCGCUUUGAAGUACUUGCUAACCAAGCAAGAUGCCAAGGCAAGAUUGAUAAGAUGGAUCCUUUUGCUCCAAGAAUUCAAUCUCCAAAUCCGGGAUAAAAAGGGGGUAGAAAAUGUGGUAGCUGACCACUUGUCAAGACUUGUGAUAUCACAUGACUCACAUGGUCUGCCUAUCAAUGAUGACUUCCCUGAGGAGUCUCUCAUGUCAAUAGAGGUAGCUCCAUGGUAUUCUCACAUUGCAAAUUUCUUGGUUACUGGAGAAGUACCAAGUGAGUGGAGUGCCCAAGACAAGAGGCAUUUCUUUGCUAAGAUCCAUGCCUAUUAUUGGGAGGAGCCUUUUCUCUUCAAAUAUUGUGCGGAUCAAAUCAUAAGGAAAUGUGUUCCUGAACAAGAGCAAUCAGGAAUUCUUUCCCAUUGCCAUGAUAAUGCAUGUGGAGGUCAUUUUGCCUCCCAGAAAACAGCAAUGAAAGUGAUCCAAUCAGGUUUUUGGUGGCCCUCUCUUUUCAAGGAUGCCCACUCUAUGUGCAAGGGAUGUGAUCGGUGUCAAAGGCUUGGUAAGCUAACACGCCGAAAUAUGAUGCCCUUGAAUCCCAUCUUGAUAGUGGAUGUCUUUGAUGUUUGGGGGAUAGACUUCAUGGGACCAUUUCCAAUGUCGUUUGGACAUUCCUACAUUUUGGUGGGAGUGGAUUAUGUCUCUAAGUGGGAUGCGCCGCCACAUUUAGCUGAUUCUGCCUCUCAGAGCAGAUACCAUACGAGGAGAGCAUCUGCCACACCUGUGGCCCCUACUCAGAUUCCACUUCGGGGUCCUCCUACAAAGAAAACCAAGACUUCAAAGCCAGGAGAGUCCUCUAGAGCACCUCAGGAUUCACAGUCUCAGCCGCCAUCCACCAGACGCCCUAGACCCAGCUCGCCUAUUGAGGGCAACUCAGAUUGCCGGUCCAAAGCAUUUCAUGUCGAGGCAUAUUUUGAGCACACUAUGUUGCGCCAGCAGACUGACUUGCGGGAAUCAUACAGCCUACUUGAGAGGUACCAUCUUGGUAUUUUGGGGGCUCGACAGAUUGCUGAGGCUUUCCAUAUCCCUUAUGCACCAGCUGAUCCCACUGUAUUUAGACGCUGGGCCCCACUUUCUGAGUGGGACAUGCUAUCGCUCCAUCAGCAUUCCCCAGAACUUCCCGAGCCAAGGGAAGUCCCUCCUGCUCCAUCCACUUCAGCUCCCUCAGAGCCUGUACUAGAGGCAGCAUCAUCUGAUGCCCCACCUACUGUUCCUCCUACCGCAGAGCCGCCCAUCACUAUCCUUGGUUCAGAGUACCGUGCCUUGCUCGCUUCUUUUCAGACUCUGACCACUACUCAGACGGCCAUUAUGGAGCGCAUGGACCACUUCCAGAUUCAGCAGGAGCAGCAGACUCUCAUUCUUCGUGAGAUUCAGCAGCACCUCAGUCUUGUGCCACCAGCUCCACCUGUAGCAGUGCCUUCCUCAGUUCCAGCAGAGGACCCCUCCUAUCCACCAGAGGAGCUUACUCCUUGA